AAAGGCAACUUUCAACGACUGAGCGAACCCUUACUCUACCUGAACUUCGGCCUUUAGAAACUAGGACAGAAAAAAGAAAUUCCCUCGACAAGCGGCGCCCUGACUUAUCUCAAUUUGAGAGAAAUUAUGUCUAGAAUAUGUGUGAAAAAUCUUCCAAAACAUAUCGCGGAAGAUCGUUUAAGAGACUUCUUUUCUCAGAAAGGAGAAGUUACAGAUGCCAAGCUUAUGCGCACCAAAGAUGGAAAGAGUAGACAAUUUGCAUUUAUUGGGUACCGUACGGAACAAGAAGCAGAGGCAGCUAUCAAGUACUUUAACAAGUCUUAUCUUGACACUUCUAGAAUCAUAUGCGAGAUUGCUCGUAAAGUUGGGGACCCGAACACGCCUCGUCCGUGGAGUCGGUAUUCUGCAAAGAAACAGGAUAAUCUGACUGAAGCUACGGAAAACACAGUUGGGAUUAAAGGUUCUGCCUUAACUGAUUUUAAAGGUGGGAAAAAUGAUAUUGAAAAUGGUGAGAAUGAUGAUGACCCACAGCUUCAAGAGUUCCUUCAGCUUAUGCAGCCGAGGGUUAAGUCUAAAAUGUGGGCAAAUGACAUUGUACUUGACACCCCGGUAAAUCAGAGUAGCAAAGCUACUGAGAGAAAAGGUGUAGCUGAGAAGGAAGGCAGACAGACAUCGGCUCUGGUGGAGCCCGACUCUGAUGAAACCAGCAUUGCAUCGGAUGAAGAUGAAACCAAAGCAUCAGACAAUGUUGCCUGUGAUGAGGUAAUUUCGGAUAUGGAUUAUUUCAAGAGUAGGGUGAAGAAAGAUUGGUCAAAUUCAGAAAGUGAUGACGAUGAGGAAAAUGAUGAUGAUGGUGAUGGCCAAAAGGGAAAACAGAAGUCACUCUCUGAGAAUGUUAUCCAGGAUGAGACUCAAGAGGAUUCAUCCAAAGAUCUUGAUGGUGAAACCCUUGAUCCAGGCAACCCAUCUUUAGGCGUGAAAGAUGACAGAGAUGAAGUCCUUGAGAGUGGUCGACUUUUUGUUCGUAACCUGCCAUAUACAGCAAAUGAAGAUGAGUUGACGGAACUAUUUGGCAAAUUUGGUGAUAUCUCAGAAGUCCAUCUUGUUAUUGAUAAAGACACUAAGCGUUCCAAGGGAAUUGCAUAUGUUCUUUACAAGGUUCCAGAAUGUGCAGUCAGGGCUUUAGAAGAAGUGGACAAAUCGAUUUUUCAGGGUAGAUUAUUGCAUGUUAUGCCCGCAAAACUAAAAAAACCUGCAGACAAACAAGAGAUCAAUGUUUCAACUAACCAAGGUUCAAAAAGCUUCAAGCAAAAGAGGGAGGAAGAAAGGAAGGCAUCUGAAGCUGGUGGGGACACAAAAGCAUGGAAUAGUCUUUUCAUGCGCCCUGAUACAGUUGUUGAAAACAUUGCUAGGAAAUAUGGUGUGAGUAAGAGUGAGUUACUUGAUCGAGAAGCAGAUGAUCUAGCUGUGCGUAUUGCUUUGGGGGAAACUCAAGUGAUUUCAGAGACAAAAAAGGCCCUUACAAAUUCUGGAGUAAACAUCUCUUCUUUGGAGGAAAUAGCUGCUGGUAAAAUGGAUGGGAAAAAAAGGAGUAACCAUGUUCUGUUAGUCAAGAACUUGCCAUACGGUUCAUCAGAGGGUGAACUAGCUAAGAUGUUUGGAAAAUUUGGGAGUUUAGACAAGAUUAUUCUCCCUCCAACAAAAACAUUGGCCCUGGUUGUUUUCCUAGAACCAGCUGAAGCUCGUGCAGCAUUUAAGGGUUUAGCAUACAAACGUUUCAAGGAUGCUCCUUUAUACUUGGAGUGGGCUCCUGACAAUGUUCUGAAUAAGAGUUCAGCCUCUGAGGGUGACAAAAAGAAUAAUGUAGCUGUUGGUGAACAUGAUGUUAAAAGGGCAAUUCUGGAACAACAUGUAGAAGGAAUAUCAGAUGCAGAUAUCGAUCCUGAUAGAAUUGAGUCACGAUCUCUAUUUGUCAAGAACAUCAAUUUCAAGACCACCGAAGAGAGCUUGAAGAAUCAUUUCACUGAACUUGUGAAGGAAGGAAGAGUAAAGAGCAUCAGGGUAAAAAAGCACUUGAAGAAUGGCAAGCAAGUCUCGAUGGGUUAUGGUUUUAUUGAGUUUGAUUCAGUAGAGACAGCAACAAAUAUUUGUAGAGACUUGCAGGGAACUAUUUUGGAUGGGCAUGCACUUAUCUUACAACUUUGUCAUGCCAAGAAAGAACAAGCAGUGAAAAAUGUUGAGAAGGAUAAAAGUUCAACAAAGUUGCUUGUAAGAAAUGUAGCUUUCGAAGCAACAGAAAAGGAUCUAAGACAGUUAUUUAGCCCAUUUGGCCAGAUCAAGAGCUUAAGACUACCAAUGAAAUUUGGAAACCAUAGAGGGUUCGCAUUUGUGGAGUUUGUUACAAAGCAAGAAGCUCAAAAUGCACUUCAAGCACUUUCAAGCACUCAUCUUUACGGUCGUCAUCUGGUGCUAGAAAGAGCAAAAGAAGGUGAGACUUUAGAAGAGUUGCGGGCCCGAACAGCUGCACAAUUCACCAAUGAAGAAAAUGGGUUUCAAAAUCCAACUAGAUUAUCAAAGAAGAGGAAGAACAUGGAUAGCUUGGACGAUGGCAGAAAGAAGUUAGAAAAAUUCUCAGAUUAGCACUUGAAAUGGAACAUAGUGAAUGCAGUGGGGUAAGCAGGAUUGGCUUUUCUUCAAUUUCUGCUACCUCCUAUUUGUAUGUUAUGCUUGCUUUCAUUUUUUUUCCUUGUUAGAAGCUACAAGCUAGCAUCAAUUUUGUAGGCCGCUUUUGCUUUUUCUUAUUUAAUUUGUAUGAGGAUGGCAAAGUGUAAAAUAUAAUUUAUAGAUACUUGUUUAGAUCAAA